AAUUGAUUUGCGUCACUUCGCGUCCGUCACUUUGCUAGGAAUACAUGUAUAUGAUCUAAGAUGAGGUAUCAAGAUCACAAAAUAAAAAACAAAAAGAUGAAAAAAUAUAUAUCAAUAAUAAACUCGCUCGAAUUUCAAGCUUUAUAGUUUUAUUUUGUUUCUCUGGCCAGAGAUAUGUAUCUAGAAAGGUUAAAAUGAAAUUCAUUGUACUUUCUAUAAAUUUACAGUGAUGUAGUUGUAAAAUAAAAAUUAUUUCUGUUUCCACAUAUAAAAAAAGACGGGUGAAACGUAUACGAUGUGUGGUCGAAUACCCAAGACAUGUCAUCCGGAACAAUGUUCUAGAAUGGGGAUACCAACUUCGUCAGAAAUUCGUGAUUGUUUAGGUCCGUCUUUGGCACAAGUCUUUUUUCAAUAUAGUCACGAUGACACGAAAAAAUUGUUGGACUUAAUAGCCCCGGAAAAGUCGCCGCCACCCUGCUUUACUAUUCAAAUUAGUGACAAUAAAUUAGUGUCGCUUGCGCAUAACGAAACUGUCAAAGCAAAUGUGCACGAAAACAUACUAGAAAUCGGCGAGACCCUCUUGGAACGUUUCCGUAAACAAAUCGAAAAUGAGUUACGUGAUAAAAUAGAAAAACAGUCGCAAGAGAAGUUUUAUAUGUAUCAAGCAAAGAAACGCCGGGAGGCUGAGAUAAAGUCGCAAGAGUUGCAUGCAAAAUAUGAAAACUAUUUUAAAACAGUGCAAAAUGAAAUUCAGAAACAGAUUGAAAUUGAAUGGGCAAACGUCAGCACCCAAUGGGUGAUAAAAAUGCAGAAAGCUGUCGUACAAGAGCGAAUAAAAGUAACACAAGAGCUGAUGCAGAAUAUGCGGACCGAGAUGGCUUACGUGAUACAGUCGUUGUAUCGAGAAUUCGAGGAAUCGUUUCGCGCUGAUAGAGAGAAUAUAAUCGCUGAUUUUAAUGAAAUUAUGAGAACAACGUACGUGAAACUGGACAAAGAAAAGAGAGAGUUUGAGGAGAAAGUGGGUAGAGAGCUGCAUGUACAGAAACACCAGCUUGAAAUGCAAAAUACUGUAGACGUAAUCAACGUCCAUUGUCUAGAACAGUUGCGAUGCUGCCGAGAAAAACAUAUUAUACAUGAACACUUUGAGAAGGAAAUUGAAGGAUUGCGCGGGUUGAUUGCUCGCCUGAACGACGUCAUAACAGCGAUGAGAGAAGAGAUAAUUAAUUGCCACUCGGAGAAGAAAUCGUUGGAAGAACAAUUUUGCGAAGUGGCUAGACAGUUUCAGAAGUUUAUCAAUUUCGUAUUUUCUGCGGUGCCAGGACAAGCGCAGUAUUUGCUACCGUUGGAAGUACAACGAUUAUCAGUACCAGAUAAGGAUGAAAACGAAGAAACAUGUGAACAAAAUUUGUAAACGUACUUACUUGCGCCGUUUCUAUGUAAAAUGAAUGACACGCUCUGUUAAGAAUUUUAUUAAGUAAAUAUAAACCGACGGUUUCUCUAAAGAAAUGUCAGGUUAGAAAUAAUAUAGAAAUAAUAUAAGUAAAUAAGAUCUGCAACCAUUCGUCUGAUAGUUUAUUAGGGUGAGAAAUACACCAUUAAAAAAAAACUGACAUUACUUAUCGUUCGGUAUAAUACGAAUCUAAAUGAUAAUAAAUGCAUGAUGCAAUACUGAAAAUUAAAUCAUCCAUUGUGAAGCAAUAAUAGUACAAUAUAUUUGUCAUUAUCUCGUGAUAUCUAUACUUGAACACACAAAAAGUCUUUCAAAACGUUCAAUGAACGUGCCGGAUGGAUUUAAAAUAAUCCGUGAUAUGUUUAUAAAAAUGCGAAAUGUUUACAAAGAUAACUACGGCGUACAAGUGCUUACAUUAAUCCCACCUUUAGAUGUUGCAAUUUCAUUCGUGUCUUUUCUAUGAAAUUCUAUAUACUACGUGGAGAUGAUUCAAUUAAUCGUGUUACGAUAAGUUCUAUUGCACACGCAAUGUUUCAUUGAUAAUUAUCAAAUAUGUCAUAUAAAUAAUGAAUGAACAAUACCAGAACUGAGACAUUGCAUGUACAACAAAUAAUUUUUCUCGGAAAUAACUUUAAUUAAGUUUAUCUUUUUUCAACGUUUGAUGUAAUCAAUUAGCACGUUUAGAUGUCUUCUUCAUUUUAAUAAUUAUUUAAACAUACUUUCGUAUGCACGUUAUACUGUUAAAGUGUAGUAUCAUGUUCAGGAGAAUCCGAAGAACAAUUUUAUAGAUAUAAAAAACAACUGCACUCAUUGCUUCGAGAAAAUUUAGUUAAUUAAAUAUUUAGUACUGUAAUGAAUUCACGUAGACAAUAAACUCGCUACAAUUUUUGGCGUACUGUAAAAUAUUAGCUAUGAGUUGCAUUUCGUUGGCGUGCGUAAACAUGGCCGGUACCAUUCCGGAUCCUUCCGAAGACUCGACAUUUUCGCAUGAUAAAAUUCCCGUAUCAUGACAUUAGUGUGUCCAACUUUGCUUCGUGGAACAGGUGGAUAAUCCGAGAGUCGCCAUCCGUAUAACCAAUUUGUGCAAUCCGGAUAAUAAAAACGCUCUUCUGGCAUAUCUUUCAGUCUAUCGUAAUCAGUGAACACGUUCACAUUAGAAUUUGUAAAUAAUAUUGCUUGACACGUUAGCUACCAAAAGGCUAUUAAUAAGCUUUUUAAUGCCUGUGCUGUAUCUAAAACAGCUUUAUGAUCUUCUUUUAAACAUUAAUCUCCAAAUAGUUAAAUAAACUGUACUGUUUCAGACAAUUUGUAAGCUUAGCAUAAAAAUUCAGUGAAAUUAAAGGAACUUAUUUAAUAAGACAAUGUCAACGUGUUAAAGAAACUGUUAUCGUCAUCGAACAAUUAUUUAAUAUGUCACAUUAACUAGCAUAAAUAAAUAAUCCUCAUAGCUAGCUAUAAGUUAAGCGUUAAUGAAAGCCGAAAGAGUAUGAGAAGCAGAACCUUUUGUUAAGAUAAUUUUCAGCAGUUAUGAAGCUAGGUGCACCUUCGUACAGGGUGGCCCUGACUUGAGGAUCAAUUGGUUUCAUAAUGUUCAUAUCGACAGAGCCAUCAGAUUUGUCGGGUCUCCAAUUUGGUAAUGGCUUCAAAUGUAUCUAAAAAUUGUAGAAGUCAUCUAAUUUUCAAUAAGCGACAAAUGCAACUUAUUGAACUGCGGAUUUUUCUGCUUUUGCAAGUCAUCUAAAUUUUUAAGAAAUAUGAAAAUGUAUGUAUUCAACAAGAAUGUGAAUUUCAAUGAAGUUCUACAAUCUACUCGUUCCUGGAUUGCAAAUUGUAUUAGAUUUGCACAAAGUAUAAAUCUCUAUGAAAUAUUAAUAAACCACGAUAACUGCGCGUGAAUCGUUGAAUAAUAGGCAUACAAUUUCUAGUUUUCAUAAAAAUCCUCAGUACAAUAUGUAUUCAUCCGUUGCAGUGCUUAGCAUAAUUAAUCGUAUGUACAGUGCUCGAUUGUUUUUCUGGCUCAGGCGUGGAUAAUUCAACUGCUUUUACAGGUUCGGUAAUCUUCAACCGAUCCAAUAACUUCUGUUGAUUUUUUAAAAACCAUCUGAUACGUCCAGCCUCCUCUCUCUGUAUCAUCGCAACGUGAAACGCCUGACAACGAGCAUCGCAAAUACCUUUAUUCGCCAUAUCGUGAUUUUGUUACGCACCAUCGACGAUGACUACUAAUUUAUUGUAAAAGUCACAUUUAGAAUAAAAUUUUGUAUUGCUCUGAAGUGAAA